GGGCUGCCCCGCGACGACCUCACCAAGAGCAUGUCGAGCUCCUCCUUGUCCUCCUACCACUCCGCCCUGUGCUCGGACGGCACGGAGACCUUCAAGGACUGCCUGGAGUUCCCGGAGGAGGAGGGAUCGCCCGGCCGGGCUGCCCCGGCCCGCUGGGCUCCGCCGGGGGCCCCCGGCGCUCCCCCGCCGCCCGGCCCCCUCGCCCGCCCGCAGCGGGCUCAGCUGUCCAGCGCGGCUAAGAAUAGCCCAGCGCCGGGCCAGGGGGGCAGGAUGGGUCCCCUCGGCGGGGACCGGCAGCCCGUGCCGCCCGCGGCCGCCGCCGGGGAGCCGGCCGUGCCCCGGCAGCCCGGGCCGAUGCUCGCCGGGGCUCCCAGCGACUCGGACGAGGUGGACGGCGAGGUGCAGGCGCUGACGGCCAGGGCUUUCCGCAGCCUCUCGGGGCUCCCCGGAGCUCGCCUCGACAUGUGCAGCUCCCACACCUCCUCCAGCCUCUCCAACUCGCUGUCCGAGGACGGCGGGCGGCCGCGGCGGUGGCCGGCGGGCGCCGGGGAGCCCCGGGUUGCGGGGACAGCUCUGCACGGCAGGGUGGGAUGGCCUUUCCCCGCCGGCGUGGACGGGGAGCUGCUGGGCAAGGAGCAGUUCGAGUGCGUGGACGUGGAGCUGGAGAACGGCGAGGCCAGGAAGGGCCACGGCAAGAAGAGGACGGUGCCCAAGCGCCAGAUCCUGCUGAAGAGGAAGGAGAGGAAGGAGACGAGCUUUGGCCCGCGGGGGGACGGCCCAGCGCCCCAACCCCCGGCCAGGAAGGAGCCCCCCAGCAAGGGCAGAGCCGUCGGAGAGGACUUCAGGUUCAACUACCAGCAGUUCAUGAAGGCGGCGUCCCUGGAGGCCGGCACCGACAGGACCAGGGCGGCCUCGUGCCUGGUGAAAAACGUCCUGGCCAAGAAGAUGCAGUACGAGCAGCGCAUCAAGAUGGAGCAGAAGGGGCUGCGGGGCAGCUCGACCUCCUCGGGGCCGUCCUCGGCCGGCACCGACCUGCUGGGGGAUGCCCUGGAGGGCAAGUCCAGCUCGCUGUCCCGCUCGGACUGCAGCUUCUCGGCCGAGGACCUGCGGGGCGGCGGGACGGCCAGGGCGGCCGCGGAGAGCGCCGCCACCACCACCCAUCCCACCAAGGGCGUGGUGCUCAGCGAGGCCACGAGGGAGACCGUCUGCAACCUGAGGAAGACGUUCAACGAGCUCAACCAGAGGAUGAAGUACCAGGAGGUGCUGGAGGGCCGCUGGCUGCCCGCGGCCGCGGAGGAGCACACGUCGGAGAGGAUCUGCUACCAGCGAGCCCGCGCCCUGUUCGAGGCCCAGCCCGGGGUGGGGAAGGUGCUGGAUGUCGCCCCCCGGUUUGCGAGGGCGCCGAGGCCGUGGCCCAGCUUGAAGGAGCGAGCCAUCGGCCCCAUCCAUUCCCAAAGCCUCCCCUUCAAGGCCGAGAGCCGGGCGCUCCCCGCCGCCCCGCCGCGCCGCCCCUUCGCCUCCUCCCGGGCUCAUGAGGCGAGGCCGCAGCCGCCGAGCCCGCCGGAGAAGCCGCCGGCAGCGUCCCGCCGGCCGCCCAGCCCCGGCACCGCCCCGGCACCCCGGGGGUCCCCGCCCGCCGCGCCCCCCAAGCCGCAGGAGAAGGGCAAGGGGCGCGUCCCGCAGCCCCGCGACGUGCGCAAGCUGGUGAAGAGCAGCUACAGCCUCAAGUUCGGCACUGCCGGCGCCUCCCGCGGCACCGCGGCCAGCAGCGGGGAGCCGCCGCCAGCCGCCCCUCUGGUUAUCCACUGCACCUCGGUGCGCCGGGAGCCGCCGCCGGAGCCGGCGGGAGAGGAGGUGCCGGCGGCCCCCGGCCGAGAGCCGGCCCCGGCCAGCGCCGAGGGGCCCGCCAGGCCCCCGCACAGCUCCCCCAUCAACAUCACCAGGGUCCAGGCCACGCGGAGGGGAGCGGCCCCCCCGGAGGAGCCGCCGGCGUCGCCCCCGCGCCGGGAGCGCAGCGAGCUCCGGGUGCCGCCGCGGGCAGAGCGGGUCCCGCACGUGGAGACCCAUCUGCACGUCCUGGUGGGGCGGCCGGGCCCGGAGAGCCGCCCGGCCCAGAGCGGCGCCCUGCUGCGGGCAGAGAAGACCGUUCUGCUGCCGCCGCCGAGCCCCGCCGAGGGCAAGGAGCUGCGCGGCCGUGGCAGCAGCGGAGCGCUCCCCGCUGCCGAGGGCCCGGAGCCGCCGGGGCAGCGACCCCGCAGCGGGGACAGCCGGGACCCCCGGGCCGGAGCCCCGGGCGGCAGCAGCGCCGGGGGAGAGCCCGGGGCCGGCGAGCAGCGGCAGCAGCAGCCCGGCAGCGGCCGGCGGCUCUCGGUGGGCAGCGGGGGCUCUGCCGGCGGCUCCGGCCCCGCCGCCCCGCUCCGAGCCGGGGACAGCGGCGAAGGCUCCCCUGGGCGGCUGCCGGAGCACAGGGAGGCCUGGGAGCACUCGCCGCUGUGGCCGGCGGCUCCAGAGCCCUAUCCGCCUGCUGCCCCGGCAGAGAACUCCAACUACUUGGCAAUCCCCGAGAGACCCCCCAAAUCCACGCCGAUGCCAAAGCUGCCCUCGGUCCCCAACCCGGGCAGUGCAUCCUUUGGGACCCCCUUUGUCCCCGUCCCGGCCAGCACCUCUUUUGGGGGUCACUCAGCCCCCAACCCAGCCAGUGCCUCUUUUGGGACCUCCAUGGUCACCAACGUGACCAGCUCAGCCUUUGGCUUCCCAUCAGCCUCCAGCCUGGCCAGCACAUCAUUUGGGGCCCCCUUGGUUUCCAACUCCAACAAGUCUUUUGGUGCCCCUCUGGUCCCCAAUCCAUCCAGUGCCUCAUUUGGGAACCCCUUGGUCCCCAAUCCAUCCAGUGCCUCAUUUGGGAACCCCUUGGUCCCCAAUCCAUCCAAUGCCUCAUUUGGGAACCCCUUGAUCCCCAAUCCAUCCAGUGCAUCCUUUGGGUCCCAGCUGGUGUCAAAUGCAUCCAAUGUAUCAUUUGGGUCCCCAGUGGUCCCCAAUCCAUCCAGUGCAUCCUUUGGGAACCCCUUGGUCCCCAAUCCAUCCAGUGCAUCCUUUGGGAACCCCUUGAUCCCAAAUCCAUCCAGUGCAUCCUUUGGGUCUCCAAUGGUCCCCAAUCCAUCCAGUGCAUCCUUUGGGUCUUCACUGGUCCCCAAUCCAUCCAGUGCAUCCUUUGGGAACCCCUUGAUCCCAAAUCCAUGCAGUGCAUCCUUUGGGUCUCCACUGGUCCCAAAUCCAUCCAGUGCAUCCUUUGGGUCUCCACUGGUGCCCCAUCCAUCCAGUGCAUCCUUUGGGUCUCCACUGGUGCCCAAUCCGUCCAGUGCAUCCUUUGGGAACCCCUUGAUCCCCAACCCAGGCAGUUCAUCCUUUGGGUCCCCCAUGGUCAGCAAUCCAGUCCCCACUUCCCUUGGGCAUCCCUCAGUCUCCAACGUGGCCAGCUCUUUCUUUGGGUCCCCUUUUGUCCCCAGCCCAGCCAGCGCUCCGCUGGGUACCGGUGCCUAUUCCUUUCCUGCUGGGGAAGUGCCCUGGAGCAAGCCCAGCCCUGAGCCCCCCCUGCCCCGACCCCCCGAGGGCUCGGCUGCUGUGGAGCCCCCAGCCCAGCCCCACCUGGAGGAUGCUCCUCCUUUCCUCAGGAGGAGCGAGGGUCCCUCGCCGGGCGGGAGGAGCCGGCAGAGCCCCCCCAAGCCCUUCCCCGCCGCCGUGCCCGCCCAGCGGAGGAUGCUCGUGGAUCCCAGCAGCGGCAAGUGCUACUACAUGGAGCCGCCGCGGCAGCCGCAGAUGAAAACGCUCUACGACCCCGAGACCGGGCAGUACCUGGAGGUGCUGGUCCCGCCGGUGGCAUCACACACCGGGCUCUACCAGGCACCUUUCAACCCGCUGGUCAUGGCCCCGGGGGUCUACAGCCCGCCCUACGCACCCUACGGCGGCUUCCCGGGGCUACCGGCCCCGGCGCCCGCCGCCCCCUCGCCGCCGCAGCCCUCGCUGCCGCCGGCCGACAACCCCGGCACCCCCGGCUCCGCUGCCAAGGGCGAGGGCUCGUCCCCUGCCGGGGGUCCCGACUGCGGCUACCUGGAGAGCCUCUACUACAUCCCCACGGGCAUGCGGGCCAGCCCCGGCCCCGAGCAGCCCCCGGCCCGCGCCAGCCCUGCCGCGCCCGAGGGCUCCCUGCUCCGCAUGUGA